AUGCACACCCUCCAGGCGGCUGCAUCUUCGUCACUCAACCUUCCUGCGGGCAGUUACGUGUAUGCGCUUGCUGGAUCGCCUUCGUCUGCAGGCGGCUCCUUUGCGGCAAUCUCGUCAGAUGACUCCCUCCGGCUAUUCGACGGCCAAUCUUUGAAACUCGUAUCCGUUGCUGCGGCAAAGACGCAUGACCAGGGCGGUGUCACUUGCUUAAAAGAAUUCCGACAAGGUCCAACCGGAACUGCGCAGGGUUUGUUGGCAACUGCUGGGAGGGAUGGAGCUGUCAGACUGUGGGAUGUCAGGGCCGGACAUGGGUCAGGAAAGGCUGCUGUGGAGAUGAGAACUGCCAAAAAUGCCCCCAUAUUAUCUCUGGCCUGCCAUGCUGCAACCAAUACCGUUGUUGCUGGAACAGAGCUCGUGUCAUCGCAGGCAGCAGUUGUGUUUUGGGAUGUCAGAUCACCAAAGGAAAUCCGGCAUGAACUUCUCGAGAGCCACAAUGACGAUGUCACGGAGCUCCAAUUUCAUCCGACACGCGAUAAUGUCCUACUGUCGGGCAGCACGGAUGGCCUAGUCAACAUCUAUGACACAACGAUCACGGACGAAGACGAGGCACUUUUACAAGUCAUCAACCAUGGCUCGAUUCAUCGCGCGGGAUUCCUAUCGGAAAAGGCCGUCUACGCGCUCAGCCACGAUGAAGUAUUCGCGAUUCAUCCGAUGACGGAUCCGGACAGCAAAGAUGAUCCAAGCCCAAUUCAGUUCGGAGACUUGAGACAGCCUCUGAGCUAUGUCCCCGUGCUAAGUAUGGCAAGCAGUGAAAAGAGACUGGACCUUUUCCCGAUCGUCUCAAGUCCAAAGUGGCAAUUUGACCACAGCAACAUCUGGCGUCUCCCCGGAGCCCAUGGCGAGGAAGUCGUCCGGACGGUGUAUCUUGAUGAGCAGUCAAGGACGAUUUUCACUGGCGGAGAAGACGGCUUUGUUCGGGCUUGGAAGCCACAUGAGGCUGAAACCGAGGCGGAAGUGGGAGGCGACAAGGAGAAGCGCGACCAGCCCUCUGACAAACCGGGUCCAAGUUCCAAGGAGGAGAAGAAGAAGAAGCACAAGGAGAAACGGUACAAGCCGUAUUGA